CUCGCUCACAAAAAAAAGAUCUGCCCAAUUAUUCAUAUCUAGCCCCUUCAAAACUUUGGCUCACUUCGCCACUGAUUUGUUUCAUCACACUUCUAUGCAAAUACUUACGCCUAUAGAAUAGAAUACAUUAUAUCCUACAUAGAGUAAAUCAUGUAUAGUACUAUUGGUUCAAGUAGCAUCAUGUGACCGAAUAUAUUUCAACUCUGACGUCAUACCUCGAUAUAUUUUUGGAUACUAGUAUAUCGAGGUCUGACAUCAUUAUUUCACAAAACUGGAUCUAGCUAAACUCUCAGGCACACCGGCCAGCGCGCUCUCUCUCCCGGGCAAGUCCAGCGAUGUGUCGGCACAGGCACUGAUCUGCGUUCUGCUGAGCACGAUGGCUCAGAGAAAAAUUCCCAUUCAGCCGUUGGACUGAACUGGUACUGUAACACAGUAUGGAUGGUCAAUAUGAAGCAAGCUUCAUCAAAUUCCUCCAAGAGCUCUGAACUCUGUUCUGAUCAUUUUGAAGAUGCUUGCUUUGACAGGACUGGGCAAACGAUUCGUCUAAGACAGGAUGCUGUCCCAACCACAUUUAAUUUGCCGCCUCGUCAUCAGAAGAAUGCACACAAACCAGGGAAACCCUCGAAAGAAAGUCAUUUAGAUUCAGCAAGCAACCUCCCAGAUACUGCAAAGACACCUGUACCAAAGUCUUCAGCACCUUCCCUGGGACUACUACUCAAUGCCAAAAAUCUAAGAGGGAUGGAGACCAGCAGCAUGGCAGCAGGAGCUAAUGUUGGUCGUGAUGAGGCAUAUACCACCAUCAACAAUGCUGCAAUUGCAGUCACCACCACCAAGUCUGCUUCUGUCACUGCCAUCACCAUUGCCACCGCCAUUACCAAGACCACUCCUGACACAAAGCCCCCAAGUCCUCAACUGACCAGAUAUUGCAGCUGGAGAAGGAUAUACCAGGAACUUCAAAGCCAGGGCUUGCCAGUCUCCUACAAUAAGAAAAAUGCCAUGGGCCCAUCUAAUGAACUAGUAGUAGAAUAUUUGGCCACAGUUGUAGAAAUGCAGAGACUAACAUACUGCCACAGGUGAGGUUUUGUCCACAGUUCCAGGACACAAAAUAGUAUCAGAAAGUCAUGCCAGAAUCAACAACUGAAGGGUUUGAAGAGCCAGAUAAAGAGCCGAGAAAUGUGAUUUAAAGGUACUUCAAUCACAUGCACAGUAGGAGCAAAAACAGCAGCAAACACACAGGAGAUGUAACAGUUCAUUGACCAACAGCAACAACUACAGCAGCAUCAACAAUUUCUGCAGGAGAUGCAAAAACCACACUGGCAACCUCAACAACAUCAAGGUGUCCAACAAGCACUCCGGGAACGUUAACAGCAACCACAGCUUCAGCUGGAGUUUCAACAAA